UUGGAGGAGAAGGAGAGAGAAAGUGAGGAGAGAAGUUGUGUUUAGACUCUCCGGAGCGCUUUUAUUUACUUGUUAUCCGCUCUAUAACACAGUUACAGUGCUAUUGUACUGUAUAGUGCUCUAAACCGCAGCGUUCAGUUCAGUUUUACUGCGGAACCUCUGAAGAGGCAGUUCAGCCGGACUGUGGAGUAAAGGCGCUUCUCCGCGGACUGAGAGCUGCUGCUGCUGAGUUUCCUCGCGCCUGUCUGCAGCAGCUCGGCCGGACCUCGCGUGUGAGUUGAACACGGAGGGUGUUCUGAUCUUCCCGGCGCUCGUGCACCGCGUCGUCUCCCGCUGUGAGUGCUGGGGACUGCUGCGCUCCUACCGGGAGCACCGGGAACCGGGAGUCUGUUGCCAUGGCUACUGAGGACGCCAUCUCCGUGAGCUCUGUGUGAACCAAAUGAAAAUAUUCUCCUGAAAUUCAUCACCAACAACCAGGAUAUUUAACUAAGAGCAAUGUGAAACUGCUGAAAGAGGUGAAGCAAAACCUGUCCUGAAGAAUCUCCACGCAGAAGAAAGAAAGAAGAAGAAACACGCAGAAACAGUUUGCUACGUUUAACAGACAAAUGAAGCCAAGUACUGACAUGGAGAAACAAAAGCACUCUGUCAAGAGUUUUACUAAACAGAGUAAUCUAAAAAAUCACCAGCGCAUUCACACAGGAGAGAAACCGUAUCACUGCUCAGACUGUGGGAAGAGUUUUAGUACACAGAGUAAUCUCAAAAACCAUCAGCGCAUUCACACAGGAGAGAAACCAUAUUGCUGCUCAGACUGUGGGAAGAGAUAUACUGCACAGAGUAAUCUCAAAAUUCACCAGCGCAUUCACACAGGAGAAAAACCGUAUCACUGCUCAGACUGUGGAAAGAGUUUUAAUAAACAGAAUGCUGUCAAACUGCAUCAGCGCAUUCACACAGGAGAGAAACCAUAUUACUGCUCAGACUGUGGGAAGAGUUUUAAUCAUCAGAGUAAUCUCAAAAUACAUCAGCGCAUUCACACAGGAGAGAAACCGUAUCACUGCUCAGACUGUGGGAAGAGUUUUACUUUACAGAGUACUCUCAAAAAACACCAGCGCAUUCACACAGGAGAGAAACCGUAUUACUGCUCAGACUGUGGGAAGAGUUUUACUGAACAGAGUGCUCUCAAAAAACACCAGCGCAUUCAUACAGGAGAGAAACCGAAUUACUGCUCAGACUGUGGGAAGAGUUUUACUCAACAGAGUACUCUCCAAAUACACCAGCGCAUUCACACGGGAGAGAAACCGUAUCACUGCUCAGACUGUUGGAAGAGUUUUACUCAACAGAGUAAUCUUCGAAAACACCAGCGCAUUCACACAGGAGAGAAACCGUAUCACUGCUCAGACUGUGGGAAGAGUUUUACUCAACAGAGUAAACUCAAAAAACACCAGCGCAUUCACACAGGAGAGAAAACUCCAUCUCAAAUCAGUUAGAAGGCAAUUAAAAGUGCAAUUCGUAAAUCUUUCGGACAGAACACCUUAUCCUACACUUUGUCACUUGGGACACGUUCCACCAGAAACAAACAUGAACUGAAAUUAACAAUGGAUUUUACAGGUUCAGCAAAAUGAAUCUUAUCCAGCGAUCAUGUUUAUUUAAUUCCAUGUUAUGUUUUCCUAUAUGUUUGAUAUUCCAGGACACUCUUUGUGAGACAGAGCUCAGUUUUUAGGGUAGUUACGGUAGGAGUUCAGUUCUGAAGAAGGGAAAAAACUUAGUCUUUAAAAAUGUCAUAGUUAGAGUAGGAUUCUUACCUGGCAACUAAACAUUUAGGACCAAAUCUCCAGAGCUUAUGAUUUGAAUGCUUUUAAUCUCCUUUCUAGUAUAUGCAGAUUUGAUUAUUUCUAUUUAUUUCUAGUAUCUCUGUAUUCACUCUGUGGAAGCCGUCCUCAUUGCCCAAUACUUAGCAUAACUUAGCAUAAUGCUAUUAACCGCUAGGCCCAUCUGUAUGAAAGAAGAAAUGAAAACACCACCUGAGGAACUCCAGAGAGAGUGCUCCCAAAAGUGAGACCCAGAGCCACAGAGAGAUGACACUGUGCCGGGUACUGCCCUGUGGACCGGAGGAGCAUCCAGACUCUGCAGAGAGGCCAACAAAAUCCUUUCCAGAGGUUAAAUAAAACGCUCCAGCUGUAGUUCUCAAACUGAAAUCAACCCACUCCAGGCUUGUGUAGCGCAGUGAGGUUGUGGGCUCAUUCAUUCCCUCUGAUGGUGUUCUCGUUUGUCUGUGGUUCAGUCGUUCUGAUUAAAAAUCUGUAACCAUA